CUCUCUCUCUCUCUCACACACACACACACACACACAAACUUAUAUCAUCUCCACGUGGAUGCUAUGAUGGCAGAACACCAGAACGCCCACCACAUACCAGCUAUUGAUGGAGAGGAGAUUGACGGAGACAAUUCAGAGAGGGGGUUAUUAGGGGGCCAUGAUGGAGAAGGGCCAAUGGGGGAAUUUCACCAGGACACCGGGGUUAUACCCCUACUCUUUUAUGAGAAGUGUCCUUGGAUUUUUAAUGACCACAGAGAGUCAGGACCUUGGUUUAAUAUCUCCUCUGAAAGACAGUGCUAUUUUCUAACAGGUGGAGCAGUGUAGGCCUAUUAUUCUGUUAGUGUUUAUGUAGAUACAUUUCACAUCCUGUAGAAACACUAUAGACGAGUCAUUUUUUAAAAUGUUUUUUCCUACCCCAAUUAUUUUUUUCAGCAAGGGUGUAAGCAGUGCAGACCUCAGCAAAGUCCUCAGCAAAAAAUGUAGACCACAAUUCUGUGCAGCAGACACUGUCCUUUUUAUUUCCCUUUUAUUUUGUAAACUGAACUGACAUUUGGCAUUCAGGAUAAACGAAGGUCAUUACUCAUUUCUGUCCAUCUCAAUGUGCCACCUGCAGCCAUUUAAAUGCAAAUAGAAUGGAGUGAGAGUGAGAGUGAGAGUGAGUGUGUCACAGGAGCAAGGAAUACCCCAUCCAUGCUCAAACCCUUUAUGGUGUUUCCACGGCAACCCUAAAUGCAUGACAUGGUGAAUCAGAGAAACAGAAUACUUGACAUUUUAGCUCCAUCUUUAAAUUACUGUCACACAGGGGGCAAGUACUGGGCUAAUAAAACCUCUGCUGAUUAUCUGCAGAGAUUGAUAGGUCUCAGUAGAUAUAAUAGAUCAUCUGUUUGGGAUGUGUGUGUGUGAAUAUUUGUAUACCUACAGCUGAAAAAUCUAAAUCUCUAAAUAUCUUAGUAAAAAAAAUGGUAAUGUUACAAUAAAUGUAGCAUUAUGCCAAAGUUGUUGCUCAUUGAUGCCAAUUAGUUAAAUGCAAUUAAGUUAUUCUAUAAAAAAAAUGGCUUGUGCAGGUGUUGAAUAUCGCAGUAGAAUGAUGGAGUUUUUAUCAGCCAGCCACAUUUUAGCAUAAAAGCCAUGAGGCAUUUCAAAAGACUGAACACUGACCUGAAAGCCUUAGCUCUGCAUACUAACAGGAUAUUAAGAACAGUCAGGUCUUGCAAAUUUACAAGCGUAAAGUUAUGUACAGUUACGGACUAUAGCUUAUCUUUUUCGAAGCAUAAUUUUGCUUGUAUUUUCUCAUUUUUGCUUGUAUUGUCUCAUUUGUAAGUUGCUUUGGAUAAAAGCCUCUGCUAAAUGUAUAAAUGUAAUGUAAAUGUAAUAAUUUGUGUUAAUAUGGUGGUACAGUGGGGUAGGACUUCACAGCUACUGUUUUCAAUCCUGAGCUCCAAGGUUACUGUCUGUGUGGAGUUUUGCAUGUUCUUCCAGUGUUUGCAUGGGUUUCCUUUGAGUUUCCUUUGGCUUUUGCCCAUUGUCCAAAAACUGAACGAAUGAAUGAAGGAAUGAAUGAAUGAAUAAAUGACUUUCUGUUAAUAGUCCCUCUAGUCUUUUAUCAGCAUCAGCUAAGUCAAUGCUUCUUAACACAGAGGUGUCACUGAGGUGUUUAAAAUCCCACUAAUAUUGCUCCACCUACCACAUACCUCUGGGAGAACCUUUAGAAGUUCUAUGUAGAACUCUACUACUGAGUGUUUGAGAUAUGGUUCAUAUUAGAAAGUUUUUAGGAAUAAACUUCCUUCCUUCCUUCCUUCCAUCCACCCAUACAUCCAUCCAUCUUUUCAUUCAUCUAUCCAUCCAUUCAUCAAUCUUCACUAACCACUUUGUCCUGGUCAGCGUUGUGGAGAACUGCAAACUUAUCCUGGGAACACUAGAUGCAAGAUACUGGCAUGUUUUUGGACAGGUGACUGACUGAAAACCAGAGAAUCUAGAGAAAGAGAUGCAAAACCCCAUGUUUACAGUAAGCUGAGACAGUAGACAGUAAGCUGAGCCCAAAAUCAAACUGGACCUGUAGCUGUGAGGCAGCAGUGCUACCUGCUGCGCCACUGUGCCUCCCACUAAGUCUAUAUAAAAUCACAUAAACUUAUUAAGAUUUUUUUUUCUUUUCUUCAAUUCAAUGAAUUCAUCAGACUGAUUACACAGACAUUUGAGGUGCUGUAUAUGUUUAGGGCUCUGUGGUACUGUGAAAUUAUAUGGUUAUGUGAAUCCAGAAUGGAGGGAAGCAAAAUUCCUGUAUUAUACCACUACCUCUUAUGUUAACAAUACCAAAGCCUUAAUGAGGUCGCACAGAUUCAUUAUGCUAAUAUGAACCUUUAAUCACAUCCUCUAAUACAGUAGGUCCUGUCUGUUUAGCAUUCUUGUGCAUCAUUGUGUUGAACCUCUACUGAGCUGAUGUGAAAGAAAACAUCCUGCCCUGCAUGUAUGCUCUCUGACUUACAGUACGUGUGUGAAAUGUUAGCGUCAUUUAUGAGGUUGAAUGCUUCUUCCAGCAAGGUUUGUGGCGCAUCGACCCCUCCCCCAUCCGCUUCAUUCCAGCGCAAAGCAGCGGCAGAGCAGAAUAGAGCUCCGUUUCAGCACUGGACAGCUCCAUUUUACAGCUUAAUUAGCUCCAUCAGCGCCAGUCAAAAGCCACGAACAAAAGCGUAAAUAGAUCAUUUUAACCACAUCGUGUAAACAGAUACACACACUGACCUGGAUGUGGUCUGUGUUGCGUUUUGCUCCAUGCGCUCUGCAGCUUUUUCGGAUAGAGCCUGCUGUCAUUUACUGACAUUUGGCACAGCCUCGGUGGAUUGAUCCCCUGCGUGUGUUGUUGGAAGGAAAUGGUUCAUCGUUUGAUGCAGCGCAAAUAUUCACAUUCAGGCUCAUGUGGAUCAUCGGGAGGAAAAAAUCAACGGCCUGCCGUGAUGAGCAUUCACACCACGCACUGAUGAGUCGCUCCGAGCUGGAGGAGCACAUCUGUUCGUUUGUAGCCUUCUAACAUGUGCGGAGGUCCAGAGAGCCUUUUUGCUCUAAAGGAAACAGCACUAAUACCCGCAAGACGACUCUAAUUUAUCUGGGACACAUCCGUUUUAAUGCAAAAGCCAGCAGCAUCUUCGGGAUCGAGAGGAUGCCCGCUGCUCUUGCGCUCCUGAUCAUGUCCGCGUCGUAUUUCAGCCCCGGUUUUGCUCUAAGCUCGCAUUUUGAUUCAGAUGGUGUUCCUCUGAGUGAGCUCUCCUGGUCGUCCUCUCUGGCUGUGGUGGCUGUGUCUUUUUCUGGCCUCUUCACCUUCAUCUUCCUCAUGCUGGCCUGCCUGUGCUGCAAGAAAGGAGAGAUUGGAUUUAAGGAGUUUGAGAAUGCAGAGGGAGAUGAAUACCAGGCCGAUAUGUCCACGCUGGCAUCGCCAGCCUCUGCCGGCAGCCCUGAUGUCUACAUACUGCCUCUGAGUGAAGUCUCCCUGCCUGUUGCCAAACAACCCAGCCGCUCAGUUCAACUCCUGAAGUCAACAGAUGCAUCUCGCCACAGUUUACUCUACAUUAAAGAGAUUGGGCAUGGAUGGUUUGGCAAGGUGUUGUUGGGGGAGGUAACCUCUGGUCUCAGCAGCACUCAGGUGGUGGUGAAGGAGCUCAAGACAAGUACCAGUAUUCAGGACCAGAUGCAUUUCUUGGAGGAAGCAAAGCCUUACAGAUCUUUGCAGCAUCCUGCUCUAGUGCAGUGUUUGGCUCAGUGCACAGAUGUCACGCCCUAUCUGCUGAUCAUGGAGUUCUGUCCUUUGGGUGAUGUGAAAGGUUAUCUGCGUAGCUGCAGAGCAGCAGAGUCUGUGACUCCUGAUCCUUUACUCCUUCAACGAAUGGCUUGUCAGAUUGCUUCUGGCCUUCUGCAUCUCCACAAACAUGACUACAGCCACAGUGAUCUGGCUUUGAGAAACUGCCUUCUGACAUCAGAUAUUACUGUCAAGAUCGGAGAUUAUGGCCUUUCACACAGCAAGUAUAAGGAUGAUUACUUUGUGACAUCGGAUCAGUCCUGGGUACCAUUACGUUGGAUUGCCCCUGAAUUGGUGGAUGACUUUCAUGGCAACCUACUGAUGGCAGACCAAACAAAACAAAGCAACAUUUGGUCUCUUGGGGUAACUAUCUGGGAGUUGUUUGAAUUGGGGAAUCAGCCUUAUCGACACUACUCUGACAGGCAGGUCCUCAGUUUUGCUGUGAAGGACCAACAACUUAAACUGCCAAAGCCGCUGCUUCAGUUUCCUCUUUCUGAUCGCUGGUAUGAAGUAAUGCAGUUCUGUUGGCUUCAGUCAGACCAGAGGCCUAAUGCUGAGGAAGUUCACCUACUGCUCAGUUACCUGUGUGCCAAAGGUGCCAGUGAGGCAGAAGAAGAUUUUGAGAGGCGCUGGAACUCAAUGAGACCUAACAUGACUCAUAUCAGUCUGCAUGGGGCUGGUCCCCUGACCCUGGAGAUGCCACAAUCCUUGACAGUCUCAUCCUCAUUCCCCUUACUGGAGCAAUUUUCAGCUGGCGAUGGCUACCAGUCAGAGUCAGGAGAUGACAUUCUCACAGUUACUGAGACCAGUCAUGGUCUGAACUUUGAGUACAAAUGGGAACAUGCAAGAGCUAAACAGCCCUAUCCCUCCUCAUCCACCACUGGAACAUUAGGUCAAGGGAAUCCCCAUUGCCAUGAGGUCUAUUACCCUCCAGGAGGUAUGGUAGGUGGAUGUGGGAUUGAUGGACUCACCUUAGGUGUCUCUCCCCAAUACUAUGACCCUAAGCAGUUACACACUCCAGGUGUUGUUCCAGUUCUCAGUGCACAUAGUCCAUCAGUGAAUAGUGAGUACUACAUUCGUAUUGAAGAGCCAGUAGAAUGCAAUAUUGACAUGGAAUACACAAUGUGUACAUACAGCCCUGAAUUUGGGGGAAGAAGUGGCUUUCUCACUGGUGGUGGAGACUCAGGGGAUUGUAUGAACUGUCCUUCUAAAGGCAAGCCAAUUGAAACAUACUGGUCAGCUGACAUCCAUAAAAGCAGUGCCUAUGAUUCAGACAGCAGUCCAACCAUGUCCCUAACUAUGGAGCCACUUCUAGGUGGCUCCAUAGUUAGUCAGGUAUCUGAUUCCAGCCCACCAAGGCCUUGGGAGUCUGGUCAUUAUGUAUCAUACAAAGACAGGGAUGGAGGCUACUAUUAUGAAAACUCACCACAGCUGGGUAUGGAUCACUACCUGAUUGGAGGCCCAUCAGAACCCAUGAGGGAAAGCUGGGGGUCUCGAAGCCUAAGACGGGCACUGGGUGAGCUAGAAGAACCUUUGGGGAUCUCACCCUCACUUGGCAGCCCCCCACAGGGCUAUGGUGACCCUUACCUAGAGAGCAGCCAUGGGUCAGUAAUUGGGAAGAAUGUAACUGGAGGAUACUAUGACAUGAUGGGUUCUUUGAGAAAGACCAUGCCAGGGAACCACUCAGUGUGUAUUGACAUGGAAUCAGGGGGAGCUGUGUUUGUGGGGCAAGAUGACAGUGACUCAGAAGAGGAGGAUCUCUUCAUUGAAAGGCAGGCAAUGGGCUGGUCCACCAACCACUCAACAAAAAGCAAUUUGAGCUUGGCUCAGAGACAGUCAUCAAAGCAAGAUGCAUAUGUAGACUUUCAUUACACUAUGCCAAUGACUGAUGUUGAGGAUGCGUGGCCAGAGAACCAUACUCUCCCAUACCGCUCUACCAAAACUCAUAACUACCUGGAAAGCAGAGCCAAAAGCAACACCUGCCCUGUGCAUGGCAGACAAGCAUCAGUAUCCUCAGCAGACUGCAGCUCCUAUAUUCAUCUAUGUCAUGAACCCAGAGAAGCAGAGGUGUACCCUGUACCUUGUUGUCAGGCUUUGAGCAAUUCCCAUUUUGUAGAUCCUCUUACAGGGUCAUUAGUAAGAAAUUGUUUCAUGAAUGACAAUAUUUCAGACAAAAACACAGCCAUACCGAGCAGGAACCCACAGGUAGGCCAAGCUGCCUUGCCUAUUGGACAUUUAAUUUCCAAAUCAGAGGCGACAAAAAACCAUUUAAAACAGAUGGAACACCUAGAAUAUGUUGACACUGAGGUCAGAGAGGGAAUCUAUACACAAGACAGUACUGGACAACAAGAUACUAGUCAAAUUAGCAUAAAAACAGAGGAUUUAACUAUAAAUCAACAAGUGGAGAAACCCCUUUCUGAGACCUCUUCCAAAGAGCCUGAAUCAGACAAAAGCAGGAUGGUGGACAGUGGCGUGGAACAUGGAGAUUCCAGCACCAGCCUAGUGGAAAUUGACAAUUGUAGUGAUGAUGACAUCACAGAUGUCACCUCUGGGAUUUUUGGUGACUUCCCCGGAGAUUAUGCUGAGACAGCUGACUACACCUCCCCUUCAUUCAAGUCAUUGCAGAAGCAAGUAGGCACACCUGACUCCAUGGAUUCCAUAGAUCUACCAUCUACUGCAGGCUCCAGUGAGACUCUGAGCCCAACCUCUCUCCAUCCUUCAAAUUCACCUAAAGCUGUGGAUAGUGGCUAUGACACAGAGAACAAUGAGUCUCCUGAAUUUGUCCUCAAAGAACCCCAUGAACCACAAGACACCAAAACCUUUAUCCAGCCAUUGGGGAUGUCAGUCGCUGACUCAAGUCCAGUCAUGGAAGCAAAACAAGGAGAUGGGGCUGACACACCACAAGAGUAUAUGGAGGAUGUGGAGGAAGUAGUCACCAUAAAAACAUCUCAGAGCACUGAAAGGCUGACUGUAUUAAGUGAGGAAACCCCAUACAGAGAUUCUGCUUACUUUUCUGAUACUGAUGCAGGGAAAGAGAAAGAUAGUGAUGAAGACAGAGAGAAAGGUAUUGAUGAUCUUGAGAGGAAGGAGGAGGAAGCAAUGCAAGCAAUAGACCAAAAAACACUACCAACACCAGCUGUAGAACAAGACAAAGAAAAGUCAAAUGUUCUGGAGACAGAAGAAAACAGGGAAAAUUUCUACAAUGAGAUUCAGGAAGAGACUGAAAAAGCUCUACCCUCAGAGGAAGAUGAAAAGGCUUUCCCUAGUUCCCCUGAACCUAUUAUUUCUUCUAUUUCUCCUGAGAUAUGUGAAUGCCCUUUAAGCGACACUGUCCAGGAUAAAGGCUUUGACUUGAAAUCAGAUGACCCUCAAGAAGUGCCAUCUGAGAAUCAGUUAUCUGAUUUAUUUGCUUUGCCAUUUUCUGAUACCAAGCAAGAAAAUCGCAAAACCGAGGAGACAGACACCACCCUUGCUUUUGAACCAUCAGUGGCUAAAAGUUUAGUUGAGGAUAAUGAUGUUGAGACCAGUCUUGAUAGGUUUAUCAGUGCAAUUGAAGUUAACCAGGAAAAGAAAGUUACUGAAGAAGCAGCAUCCAGCACAGGUUCAGAGACACUAUCAGCUCAGGACAACAAUGAUAAAGUGGAGAUACUUAUAUCUGACUCAGCCAAGAGUGUUUCUACAGAUAAUAUUGUGGACAAGCCUGAAACUCUAGAUAGUAACACAAAAUUUCGAGUUCAGUUUCACAAGACCUCCACUCGUCCUUCUUCUCCUCCUCCUCUCCCAUCACUUGAGGGACGAGUGUCCCAAGUGGAGAGAGGAGAAGCUGAUGAUGAGGACAGGGAUUCAGAUGACAGUGAUGAAUCAGACGAGGAGCUGCGCACCUACAGUAUCCAGGAGCAGAGUGAGGAGAGUGAGGAUGAAAUCUUUCCAGUACCCAUCAUUGUGAGUGACUGCAGCGAUGCACACAAACUCCGAAGCAUCCUCAAGAUGCCCAGCCUGUGUAACGAUAACCAUAGUGAUGAGUUAGAGUCCAAGAAGAAGGUGGUGUCCUUCUUUGAUGAUGUUACUGUCUACUUGUUUGACCAAGAAAGUCCAACCGGAGAAUUAUCAGAACAUGCUUUCCCCCUGGGAGGUGAGACAAGCACACAGGGUGCAAGGUGCACAGUGUCAAACCAACAGGAAAAGGCAAAUUCUACUGAUGACUGUUCAGAUGGAAACAUUUCAGAAGAAAGUACAGGGUAUGAGUGGGAUGAUGAUUUCUCUUUGCUGCCACUACCCACCUCAUCAGAGGAAUCACCCCCAGACAUCAAGGCUAAACCAAGUUUUCCACCCAGUGCCACAGAUAACAAGCCUGUAGUGCAAUUCUCACGUUUCACAGUUUCUCCAUCCCCAAUUUCACGUUUCUCCAUCACCCAUAUUUCUGACUCGGAUAUGGAUUCUGUAGGAGGAAGCAGUGAGGAUGGGGAUAGAGAAUGAGCACUACACACCACUGCCUAUGGUGGAGUGCUCUGCAUGGAUCUCUUUUCGUCACACAUUGAAAAUGAUACUGUUUCAGAAAACAUCUGGGAUCCCAUCAAGGACAAGCCUAUUAUUGUUUGCAACUAGUUACACAAUGGUCCUUAAUGAACCAAUCACAAAUGAACGCAUCUGUUUCCAUAUGCUUCUUAAGAAGAAUAUUAUAAAUCAUGAACAUCCCAAGUAAUACCAUAUUUGUUAAAAUCCUACCUAUUUUAAAAACUAGUGACAAUUUUGAAAGAACUACAGUAUAUGUAAAGUGAAAACAUGGUAUCUUUAAAAACGUCAUCACAUAUUUUCAUGAAUCAUGGGUAUGAUCUUGAAAUUAAUGAUACAAUCAACAUUUUUUUUUCCAGAAAAAAAUUGUAAAGCAAAUCAAGAGACUUUUUUUUCCAAGGACUUCGUCUUUGACUGUGAAGUAAUGAUGAACUAAUGAACAAUGUUGCUAACAAUGAUUUAUGUUGCUAAAGAUAGAGAAAUUAAGAGAACAUACUGUUUGUCAAUGGCUGAUUUUGUUAGGGUUUUUUUUUUUUGAGAACACAAACACCUUCUUUUUACAUUCUAUUUAUUUAAUUGGGCAUCAGAGCAGCAGCCUUGUGCCUAUGUCAUAUAACAAAAAGUGGCAGACUUUUACAAGCUGCUUAAAACUGUUUGGGAGAGAGGAAUCACAUAGCUGCCUUGAGUCAGCCAUCUACUUGUAAGUAGCAGAUUAUACAGGGUCAUGAAAUAUCAUGAGACUUAGACCAGCUCCUUUGUGUGAUUACAAACAAGAUCUCUAAUUAAAUUCACAUCUUUUUUCAUUGUCUUAGAUUUUUGGAGAGGCAAAGUUUGCCUGGUUGAUGAAUACAGUUCUACGAACUACUUUUUCAGUAUUUACUUUUUAUUUUCAUUUAAAUUACUGUAAGUAUCAUGCAAAAAAGCUGAAUGGUUUUCAAAAUCAUGUUUUACUGUCUAGCCUUGCUUGGUUAAGCUUUAAUAACCUCAAUUCUGUCUUCAAUAGUGCUUUCAGUAACCCAUAACAUAAAAUCUUAUUUAGAAAGUUUUAAUUUUUGCCCUAGAACGAGAACUGUUAAACAAUCCCAAAAUGGGAAAAACAAACCCGAUCAUUUUAAAUGCUUGAGAACAUAUCAAAGGAAUUGUUACUGGACACUUUAGUCCUUUAGUCUAUAAAACAUGCAUUUUAUGAUGAGCAUGUAUAACGGAUGCUGUACAUGUCUGCUAUCUUAUGAGGACCAGAGCUGGGAUGUGUUAUGCUUAGGGUGUUUAUAACAAUUUUUUAAUUUAAUACAUGAUGCCUGUCUUGUCAAUUUUGAGAAAUUUUUAAAGAACUAGAAGGAAGAAAGACAUAUACUAAUGGCAUUUAAUGCACAGCCUAUGGACAACGUAUUGUUAUGGUUAUUUAUUAGAAUAGACAGAAACUACUGAACAAAAUGUACUGUACUGUUUGUUAAGUUGCAGACUUACUGUCAAAUAUAAGUUUAAUUUUCUUGUGAGCAUUGUUGGAGGGAGAUAUUUUCUCUCUUUCUAAGAAAUUGUUUGAGAAGAUAAAGAGGAAUUUAAUGAACUCUGCAGAUUUCUGUACUCUGGACCCCAAGCUAGCCAACAGAAGUUGGAAAGAAAAGAAAUAUAUUGUCCUAACAAUCCUCCUAUGUUCAAUGUUUGUUUGCCUCUUAUGGCAUCACUGUUCUAAAUAGGUUAGCCUAGAUUGAACUAGACAGCAAUCUGUACUAUUUUUGUAUUCUAUGAAACAGUUUGAAAAUCCUAAACUGUAUUAUAAUGUUGCUGGACUAUAAGAGUUUAUCAUCAUAUAUCUGCUGCCAAAGAGAAGCAUUCUACUGGUACACAUGAGGUUGUUGGCUGAAAUUGCUGGACACCAACAUGACUUGAUAAUCAUGGGGUGAUGGACAAUGUUCUUGAUUGUAACUGGUGACUGUCUCCAUAUGAAAUCCAGCAAAAAGGGUCUCAGUCAUUUGAAAAUGAUUAUGGUGAUUUAUGGUGAAGGAAAUUUUGUUGUGUAGUGUAGUGAGCAAAGAUGUGGUUGAAUGAUGGUAUGGAGUAGGAAUCUAUAAAGAUAUAAAUUGGUUAGAGUUAAAUGUUAUGUGAAGGUUCCCAUAAAUAUCUGUCCCUCUUGGGUGUCACAUGAUCAGUGACUGUACACAAACAAACAAAAAAAUGAAUAAAUUAAUUGUUCGACAUCUUUA